AUGAAAAUAUUUUUUAUUCUUUUCAUCGCUAUUAUAUUGCCUAUCUGUGCUGUUUCUCGUUGCCAAUUCGGUUGCACAUGUUACGACGACAGUAAUUGUGAAUAUUAUUGUAAUCAAAGUAUAUGCCAACAAGCAAUUCCUCUGUGGCGCAAAUGUUCUGGUUAUUAUAUUCAUCCACGGGAAUGUGGCCUUGUAUCUUAUUGUGAUCCGAAUUCGGGCUUUACUUGCCAAUUACAAAAAAACUACGGUGAACUAUGUACGUACAGUUAUUCAUGCUUAUCUGAAUACUGUGAUUAUAAAACAAAUACAUGCCAAUCCAAGUAUAAAUCUUCUGAUUGGUUAGUUCCUAUAGUGUUACCAAGCAUACUAGUUUUCGUCAUGUUGUUGAUCACCUGCAUAACGGUCAUGGCUUGUAGACAGAGACGACGAACACUUGCAUAUUGUCAAAAUCCAUACAUUAUUUUACCACCGGAUACGCCAUAUCCGUAUCAAAAUGCCUGUACCGUAACAGAAGCGUUACCACCACCUUAUCCUGGCAGAAUUCUAACACCAGCACCGAAAACAUAUCAAAGCUAA